UCUCGGGUGGGCGGGACUAAAAUGCGCCUCGAGGAGUCGAGGAGGUGGAAAUUUGGGAAGUGAGAAAGGCCCUCUCAGUCUCGUCGCCUUUUCUCUCUCUCAGGCUCCAGAACCGGUCUGAACACGUUGAAUCCGGCUCUGACCGCGACAACAGUCCCGAGCUCAGAUUGACAAACGAACUUCAGAGGCGCUUUCCCGCUCCGCUUGUUGUUGCAUCUGCCCUCUCCAUGUCACCGCAGCGCGAGACUGACCGCGAGUAACGGAGGUGGAACCCGAGGACGGAAUAAAGAGAAGAAGAAGAGGCAACAUGGAUCCACUGGACUCGGGGGAGAAGUCCGCUCAGGAACAGGAUCUUGAAGGCGACACGGAGCUUCCGUUCCUGCAGCCAGAGUCCCAGGACCAGGAGAAGGCUCCUGGGAGCAGGACCACCCUGUGGAUUGGAGUCGGUCUGCUGCUCUCUUCUGCUGCCGUGGCUCUGCUGACCGGGAUGCUGGUCUGGCACUUCCACUUACGGCAGGAUGUCCGAGAGAGCAGGGUUUAUGUCGGCUCGAUGGAAAUUGAUAACCAGAAUUUCAAGUCAGCGUAUGAAGAUCCAGAGAGUCCAGAGUUUACAAACUUGGCCUCUCUGGUCAGCCAGCAGCUGAAACUGAUUUACUCCAAAAACUCUGUGCUGGCGAAAUACUAUAAAGGCUCCACAGUCCAGGCCUUCAGGUACGCAGAAACUUUAAAUGUAGUGCAGUGUGGAUACCCUCGUGACUCGCUGUCCUUCGUGUCCUCUGGAAAUGUCAUGUUGCUGAUUCUGGUCACCAGUGAGGAGAAGAACUUCCCCGGCUUCAUGGCCAACUACUCCCAGAUCCCUCAGACUGCACAAAAGUGUGGAGGUACGCUGACCGGAGACAAAGGCUUCUUCUCCUCACCUUUCUUCCCUUCCAACUAUCCUCCACAAACCACAUGCGUCUGGAACAUCGAGGUCACACAGGACAAGUUUGUGAAGGUUCAGUUCUACAAGUUCUUCUUGGGCAAAUACAGUAGCCAGUGUCGCAACGAUUACGUUGACGUCAACGGUCAAAGACUGUGUGGCAGUAAGCAAGAAAGGACCGUGGUCACCAGCCAAAGCAACACGAUGACCAUCACAUUUAACUCGGACUCGUCCUACGUUGACCAGGGUUUCACCGCAGAGUACCAAGCCUUUGUCCCAACUAACCCUUGUCCCGGAAGGUUCCAGUGCACCAACAACCUGUGCAUCAACAAGACUCUGCAGUGUGACGGCUGGAACGACUGUGGAGACGGCAGUGACGAGAACAACUGCACGUGCGAGGGGUCUCAGAUGAAGUGUAAAAAUGGCCGGUGUAAGCCGAAGUUCUGGGAAUGCGACGGUUUUGACGACUGUGGAGACAACACUGACGAGGACAGCUGUGUAAAAUGCAAAGCAGGAGAGUUUUCCUGCAGAAACAACCGCUGCAUCCCAGAGAACCUGAAGUGUGACGGAAAAGACGACUGUUCAGACGGAUCGGAUGAGUCUAAAUGUCAAAAAUCUCUGGUGUUGCAGCAGUGUUCAGAGUUCACCUUCCGCUGCAGGAGCGGACACUGCAUCAGUAAGCUGAACCCGGAGUGUGACGGCGAGCAGGACUGCGAGGACGGCUCUGAUGAAAGCGACUGUCAGUGCGGGACGCGGCCGUACCUGAGCUCUCGUGUGGUGGGCGGUCAGGCCUCUGAAGAGGGGGAGUGGCCCUGGCAGGUCAGCCUCCAAAUCAGGGGAAUAGGUCACGUGUGCGGAGCGUCGGUGCUGAGCAACCGCUGGCUGCUGACGGCGGCACACUGCGUCCAGGACAACGGGCCAAACAAGUACUCCCAGGCAGACCAAUGGGAGGCCUUGCUGGGUCUGCUUGUGCAGAGUCUGACCAACGAGUGGACGGUGAGGAGGAAUGUGAGAAGGAUCUUUGCUCACCAGGACUACAACCCCAUGACCUAUGACAACGACAUCGCUCUGAUGGAGCUGGACACCGACGUCACCCUCAACCAGAACAUCUGGCCCAUCUGUCUGCCCUCCCCCACCUACGACUUCCCAGCAGGCCAAGAGGCGUGGCUCACUGGCUGGGGGGCCACCAGAGAAGGAGGCCUUGCUGCGACCGUCCUGCAGAAGGCGGAGGUUCGGAUCAUCAACAGCACGGUGUGUAAGAGUCUGAUGAAUGAUGAGGUCACUGACAGGAUGCUGUGCGCCGGAGUCCUUAAAGGAGGCGUGGACGCCUGCCAGGGCGACUCUGGCGGACCGUUGUCCGUCACCGGACCGGGAGGGCGGGUCUUCCUGGCCGGCGUGGUGAGCUGGGGCGAUGGCUGCGCUCGCAGGAACAAACCUGGAAUCUACACCCGAGUCACCAAAUACCGCACCUGGAUAAAGGAGCACAGUGGCGUGUAGCAGCAGAUCACAGAUUUCUCAUGGAUAUUAUACUGGAGGUGAAUGUGGGCUGAAUGUAUUAUUAUGAUUAUUAUUAAUAUUGACAGCAGAAUCUGUGAAUUAUGCAUUCAUUUUAAAGUUUAUGUAUUAUUCUGAAAAGCUAAUUAUCAUUCAUGUUGGGACCCAGGAAUUCUCUCAAUGCAUAUUUUAUUAUGAAUUUUACAAUGAAUGGCUUUGUAGUAAAUUGUAAUUGAAAGAAUUUAUGUUCCUCUAAAAGAUCAAAAGUAUGUAAAUAAUUUAUGUAAAUGAUGCUAAAAAAAUAUUUUUUUAUUUUAUUUUACCUUUGUUGAAAAAUCUCAUUGAGAUUAAAAAUCUGUUUUCCAAGAGCGUAAACUGCUCCUGAUGGUUCCUGAUUGUUGCUAUCACCCUGUGUGGCAGCUUGUCUCCACUGGUGUGUGAGCAGCAGGAAAAGCACUGUUAACCAUUUAUAUUCAGAGGUUUGAUCUGGCUUCAUACCAAGUCAAUAAACAUCAACAUUCAAUAGCGCUACAAAUCUGAAUAUACCCUUAAAGGUUCCUGAGAGCUCUCUUGCACAAGGGUUUUUUUUGCAAAGCAAACAGAACAAAAACUCAUGUCAAACUCUUUUUAAAUACAAUACAUGAAUGUUGGAUUGGACCUUGGUGUUAGCCAAUAUUCAAUAGUUAGUAACAUGGAUGAGUUUCAAAAAUCACACAGGAUUGAAAAGUUUAGCAUCUGUACAAUUUCGUAGACAUUUUUGUUUUCUCAUUGAAGUCUCAGUAUUUGACCUUCUUCUCCUUGUUGAGCAGAACUUUGUUACAGCAGCUUGUAUUCAUGUUUUGUCUUUGUGGUUUUCUGCUGAAUGUAUUUAUUUGUAGAGUGUUGCCUCAUGUAAAUUUGGAAUUUUGGAUCCACCUA